CGGCCUCUUUAAGGCGUUGUGACCCGGCCGCGCCGGGACCCCGGGGCGGGGAGUGCGGGCAGGGGACAGAGCGGCCGGCGGCGGCGGAGGCGGCGGAGGCGGCGGCGUACUUGUGCGCGUCCCGAGCCCGGGCCCCCUCCGCAGCCCGCCCGCACCAUGCUCUCCAUCCUAGUCCCGCCGGCCGCGGGCGGCUUCCCCUCGGCCCUUGCGCUGCGCCAGGACUCCUCGGGCUCCUCCGGUUCUUACCACACCGCGCCAGGCUCGCCGGAGCCCCAGGGGCCGCGCCCCGUCCUGGACGGGGCGGACGAUGACGGGGGCAGCGGAGUUCCUGGGCGGGGGCAACCGGCAAAGUUUGCGGGCCAGAACGCCAGGGUCCCUGGCCGAGGGGCGGGCCCAGCCGCGAGCGGGGGCUCGCAGCUUCGCUUGUCCAUCAGCGCCCAGAAUAGCCGCCAGGAGCCUGGAUCCGGUUUCCCCAAGAGGCCGGGACAGCGCCCGAGCCCUUUCCAGCUCCGCACCCUGCCGUCGGGGGAGAUGGAAGUGAUCUUCACAACCGGGCCCCUAGGUGGGACUCCCGUGCAGUCCCCCAGCGACUCGGACGAGGCGGACAGCGAGGUGCAGCAGCUCACCGAGCUCAGUCUGCAGAAUCUAUCCCGCCCUCAGGGCCCUUACCUCGACGUGCAUAGCCCCAGCGCGCAGGCCUCCUCCAGCCCAUCCCCAGCUGUCUCCGACUGCAGCAACCAAGCUGACCGCUGGGCCACUUACCUGGACCUGCGUCAGGAGGCGGAAUCUUCUGCCUCCAGGCUACCAGAACUCCCUGACACGUCCCGGAGAAGCCAGUUCGAAUGCGUGGAGGUGGCACUUGAAGACCAGGCAUCCUCGACUAAGCAGAGAACUGUCCCCAAGCGGCAGAUAGAGCUGAGGCUUAAGCCGAGCCCUCCGGAGCUGGAUUCAGCUGGGGCCAAUGGGGUCCCCAGGCGCAAGCUGUUCCUGCGGACAGGCUCGCUGGACGAGUCUCUGACCCGCCUGCAGGCCGCCUCCAACCUCGUGCAGACAGCACUGGCCAGGAAGCUGCAGGCCGAGCAGCCCCUGCGCCCAGAGCAGCUAAGCCCAGGGGGCGGAGCUCGGCCCAUCCAGACCCCGCCAGGUUCGCAGCUCCGGCCGGCCUGCGAUACCCAGAAGCCGGCGGAUUGGCCCCGAGCUUGGCCAGAGGCUCGGGAGAGCGAGGCCCCAACUAGACGGACUGUACGAAGCCCUCGAAGAGACUCAAAGGAACUCAAGCCCAAAGGGACCUCUCAGGCCAGGCUUCCCCCAAGAGAGCCGGCGAAAGAGGCACCCCUACCCCCUGGCAAGUCUGCGGGUUCGCGGGCCCCGGACGGGGUAGUUUCUAUUAGAGUGCCGAGGCCCUGGCCCAGUCUUCGAGAGCGAGCUAUUCGUCGGGACAAACCAGCCCCCGGGACGGAACCACUCGGUCCCGUGAGCUCCAGCAUCUUCUUGCUGUCGGGAGAGAAGUCCCAGGAAGCUUCUGAGUCUCGGCCCCGCAAUGAAUGGAGCCAGCAGCCGAAAUCCUUGUCCCCGAGGAGGACGCCAGAGGAUCGGCCCCGCAAUGAAUGGAGCCAGCAGCCGAAAUCCCUGUCUCCGAGGAGGACGCCAGAGGAUCGGGUGGCCCAGGAAACUCCCAGUCUGUCUCCCCAGGAAACUUGGGAUCCCGCUGUUCAGGAGUCGCUGAUUUCGUCUAUGCAGGACACUCCGACCGAAGCACUCCCGGAGACUACAUCUACGCAGUCCACUCCGGAGCUAACUGUGCAGGGACAGCACAUUUCACCCACGGGGGAGACUACAGUCCCUGAUACUUGGGAGCCCAGAGACGCCCCCACUUCCUCCAGCAGAUCACGAGUGACAAUUCCGCGACCUCGGGACGUCCGGAAGCUGGUGAAGAACACCUACUCUCUGAGCUUCCCAGCUGCCGCCAGUUCCAGCCUGGCACUGCCUGAGCCCCUUUUCGCUCCCGAGGGCCCCAGCGAGGAGAGUGAGACUCCGCCCGGAGCUCCAGAGCCCCUUGCCACUGUUCACUACACCUCGACUUUCCAGAAGGACUUCCUGCCCGUAGUGACCCAUCCCUACGAAGUCCCGGAGCCGCCGGCCCCUGGGGGAGUGGGAGUAAGUGACCCUGCUCCCCUUAGCUCCUGCGGGGCCCCACAGGGCCACCAACCUCCCCACCCUCAGCCCCAGCCAAAGGGCUACGAAGGAGGAGAUCCGACUCCUCGGAGGAAAGCAGAGAAUAAUACGGCCAAGCCCUUUGCUCGAAGCGAGAUUCGCCUCCCGGGAGCCCUGGCUUUGUCCAGGAAGCCAGGGGCCAGGGCCCAGCCUGAGUCCAGCACAGAGAUCAGCCGUGCUUCCCCAGGGUACAGUCCUCAGGCCCAACGCCUCCUUCCUGAAGGAGAGGUCCAGGCCAAUUCCCCAGGGGUUACCCUGGGGCCUCCCCCCAUCUCCAAAGAACCAAGAGAAAGGCCAGAGGUGGAGAGGCACUGCCCACAUCAGUGGCCAGGGACUGGGCAGACGCCUAGCUCCUUGACAGGGUCCCCACAUCCAAACCUCAGGGGCUCCCUCCACCUGGGGUCCUCACACUCUGACCAGGCCAGUUCCCUGGCUCUGCAGGCCCAGAGCCCAGAGCCCAGAGCCAAACCCCAACCAGGCCUUGCUGGGACCCAUCCUCCUGGGAACCAGAUUACAGCCAAACCUGCUUCCCUGUCCCAGCCCAGGGCAGCUUCAGCACCUCCUAUGGCCCAGGUCCUUGAUAGCCCCUCCCGGGGCCAGGGUAGGGGCCCUCGGGGCUCUGGAACUACCCCAUCAGGAAAGGUUCUGGUAGAUCCAGAGAGUGGUCGCUACUAUUAUGUGGAGGCUCCCAAAUCUCCUAGGUUAAAGUUGCUCUUUGACCCAGAGAGUGGUCAGUACCUAGAAGUUCUUGUUCCCCCCUCCCCAGCAGGGGCACCCCUUCGGUUCUACCCUUCCUUGCCACUAGGGCACAGCCUCUAUCCUUCUCCAUAUGGGUCCUACCCUGGGCUCUCACUACCUCCUUCCCCUGGACCCUUGCCCCUUGGUCCCCCUGACCUGCUGGCCCCAGGAACCAAACUCCCCUGGGCUCCUGAGGGUGGCACUGUGGAUGGUCUCUAUUACCUGCCCACAGGAAAUUCCCCUAGCCCAUUACCGAGUCUUCCUCUACUUCUCUACUCUGGGCCUCCCAAUUCUGGGCCUUCUACUGCUACCAAAGGCUUGCCAUUUUGAGUGUGAAGACCCCCAGGCCCUGCCCACACCCCAUUGCCUCCAUAGGCCCCACCUAAAGGGGCUGUUAUUCCAGCAGAGCCUUUGAACCCAACCUAGCCCUAACCUUCCCCCCAGUUCCUUUAACCCUGGCACCUUUCUGGUACAUACCCACUCUAGAUCCCAAUCCUACCCCCAACCCACCCCUGUGACUUGCUCUUCUUUCUUUGCCUUUUUUUAUUUCAAUUUCCCACAUCCACAUCUACCACAACUACUACUUCUUCCCCACACACUCCCCUGCCCAAGGCUCCUCAGACCCUAGCUCCCACAGGAUAUGAUCCUGACUCUGCCUCCAACCCCAUUCCCCAGGGCACUGCUGGGGAUGGAAGGGGGAACUCAGGGAGAAACUGUCAUCCUUUCCUCCCAAUCUAUCCAGUUCUUUUCCUGUGCAUCAACCCAUGGUCUUAGGCAAGUGGAGGCACUGACAUCAGUUAUAUAUGAUUGUUUGUCUGACAUGUUCCCUGUCACCAGUGACAACCCAAAAAAGGAGGGGGGAGGUGUGACCCAUCAAGAGGUGUGGGUGAUUCCAGCUGUGAGAGUGGGUUUGGGAGUUAUCCUGAGCCCUGAACUCAAGAUACAGGUCCCUCCCUGGAGUCAGAGAGUAAGGGAAGUAGUGUGUAUGUGGGGGGUUGGGGGCAAGAUUUGUGCCCAUUUUGAAGGUCUAGGAAAGAAAUGGGAGACAUUAAGUUCAUAAGAAGAUGGAUCUGGCUGUGUCUUCCAGAAGAGUGUGUGGAGUACUGGUUAGUGACAGAGGGCUCUGAAUCUUGUUUCAGGGCAGGGGAGGAUGUUUAGGAGAGCCUGGGGUCUGUAUCUAAUAUAGCCCCUCCAUGACAGGGGGCUGUUGGAAAAUACUCAACAGAUCAAUCAAUCAACAAGCAUUAAUUAAGCACUUAUCAUAGCACUGGUACCAAGAUUGAAAUAAUCCAUACAAAUUGUUGUUGUUUGUCAUUCAUUCUCCAAGAGGACCAUGACAAUCAGGGUGAUGUCAUGGCUUGCACUGAAUUGGAUUGAAGUGAGGGAGGGCUGUGCAAGGUCACCAACCUCACUCUC